AUGUCCUCCCACAGCACCUCCUCCUCCAACAAUGUCGUAGGUGCCCACUACCGGGUGGGCAAGAAGAUCGGCGAGGGCUCGUUCGGUGUUAUCUUCGAAGGCACGAAUCUUCUCAACUCGCAGACCGUGGCGAUUAAAUUCGAGCCGCGGAAGGCCGAGGCACCUCAACUUCGCGAUGAAUGUCGUUCAUAUCGCAUUCUCGCCAACUGCCCCGGUAUCCCCCAGAUAUACCACUUCGGGCAAGAGGGACUUCACAACAUCCUCGUCAUCGAUCUUCUGGGGCCUAGCCUGGAGGAUCUGUUCGACAUGUGUGGGCGCAAGUUCUCAAUCAAGACGGUGUGUAUGGCGGCGAGGCAGAUGCUUGCACGCAUACAAACGGUGCACGAGAAGAACCUCAUCUACCGUGACAUCAAACCCGACAACUUCCUCAUUGGCCGGCCUGGUACCAAAAACGCGAAUGUCGUGCACAUCGUGGACUUUGGUAUGGCCAAGCAGUACCGCGACCCGAAAACGAAGCAGCACAUUCCCUACCGGGAACGGAAGAGCUUGAGCGGGACGGCGCGGUACAUGAGCAUCAACACGCAUCUAGGAAGAGAACAAUCUCGGCGAGACGAUCUCGAGUCGCUCGGUCAUGUCUUCCUGUACUUUCUACGCGGCAGUCUGCCUUGGCAAGGUCUCAAGGCGGCGACGAACAAGCAGAAGUACGAGAAGAUCGGCGAGAAGAAGCAAACGACUCCCAUCAGGGAGCUUUGCGAGGGCUUCCCCGAGGAGUUCUCUAUCUAUCUCAAUUAUGUCCGAAAGCUUGGUUUCGAGGAAACUCCGGACUACGACUUCCUACGAGAGCUGUUCGCCAAGGUGCUCAAGAACAACGGCGACAUCGAAGACGGCGUUUACGACUGGAACCUGCUGAACGGUGGACGUGGGUGGGAAGCGUCAAUGGGUGGUGGUCAGAACCAGAUUCUGCAGCAAAUACAGAACACUCCUGCCGCCGCGCAGUACGACUCGCGCCGCGGGGACCGCACUGGACGCGGCGACGGCCGCCGUGCUUCUCAAGCUGGCGGUACUCCCGUCGUGCCGCCCUCGCCCGCGCUUGUCCGCGCCGGCUCGAAAACGCGGCACCCGGGUAACUUCACCCCCGGCAUUGGUGCGAGUCCGGGGCAAGUCACGCCCAUGUCGGCGGAGGCGCAGCUGGGGUAUUCGUCGCGCCGAAUGAGCCAACACGGCGGCGGGGCUUCGCAUCCGUAUGCGUCCGUCGGGUACGAUGGGCGGUACGACGAGUACUCGGCGACUCAGCAGCAGCAGCAGCAGCAGCAGCAGCCGCAGCAGCAGCAGUACGGGCGAGCGUCGCCGAUGGUGUCCAGCGUCGGCGCGGCUCCGCCUGCUCUGAGCAACGUGCGUGCGAUGGGUGGAGAGGUCGGUGUCGCGAACGGAGACGGGCACCACGGUCAGCAGGAGCCCGAGCCGCAACCCAGUGGGCUGUGGAAGAUCCUCACUUGUAGGUGUGGAUGA